AAACAAACCCGCGUUACAACUUCACAUUUGCAAGCACCAUCACCACUGGCACACUCACCUCACGGGAUCGGACACAGACACACUCCUCGGAGUUUUUUUCUACUUUGUGUACUUUAGAAGAGUAAGAAGGAAACAAGGAAAAAGAAAGAAAAGAAACUUUUGCCGCCGAUGCAUCCUGUGCCUCUUCAAUAUUAAGUAUUUUUUUCCUCUACAAUUAUUACGACUCUUGGUGAUUAUUCUGGAUAUAAAUAGGAUACUUUAUGCGAGGUUAUUAUCACAUGUAAAGACGGAACCGCUACAGCAAACCAACCCAGGUUCGGAAGAGCGCGCCCAGCCGAGCUCAGAGCCCCGGCGAUCGGACACUUCCUCCGCGGCGCCCGCCGAGUCCUCCCUGCUCCAGGAGCCCUGUCCCGGCCGCAGCCACGCCACCUCUCCACCCCGGACACCCAGCACCAUUCAGCGCGAAGCUCUUUCACCAGACAUGCCCUGUGUGCAGGCUCAGUACGGGCCCGCCCCGCCAGGCUCAGCCUACUCUGGCCAGUCCUUCAGUUACCAGGGCGACAGCUACAGCUCUGACCUCAUGACCCCAGACUACACCAAGCUGGACCUGGGCGGGGGCGAGAUCUCUGCAGCGGCCGCCACCACCUCCCUUCCCAGCUUCAACGUCUUUGUGGAGGGCAGCUACGAGCCCAAGUCCUCCUGCCUGUACCAGAUGCCUGCGCACAGGCCCACCAUCAAGAAGGAGGAGGAGAGCUACCCCACUGCUCCCCCGCUGGAGGUCAUGUCCUCCUCCUCCAUGUACUUUAAACAGUCUCCCCCCUCCACCCCGACCACCCCCUCCCUGCCGCCCCAGCCUGGCACCUCCUUCCUCUGGGAGGAGCACUCCCUGGCUCCUCCGUCGCACCCCCACUCUCUGGGCUCCGGCCUGGAGACAGGCCCCAUCAAAUCCCCCCGCUUCCCCCAUUUCUACCAGCACUCGCCACCCCACAGCGGAGGCAGCAUCGGUGGCUAUGAGGGGCUAGGUGGCGGACUGGUUCGCACCUCCUCCUCUUCCUCCUCCUCCUCUUCCUCGGUUUCCCAUCCUCAUGGCCCGCCCCUGGAGCAGCACAUGUACCAGCUACACCGUGGGGCCGGGGGCAGCAGCCUGGCCUUCCGCUCACUGGCUCUCGGGCCCUGUGGCCCCCUACUAGGAGACAGCCUGCCUUCACCUCCCCCACGCGGCCAACCAGGUGAGGGCACCUGUGCAGUGUGUGGAGACAACGCUGCCUGUCAGCACUACGGCGUGCGCACUUGUGAGGGCUGCAAGGGCUUCUUCAAGCGCACCGUUCAGAAAAAUGCCAAGUAUGUGUGUCUGGCCAGUAAGAACUGUCCGGUGGACAAGCGGAGACGCAAUCGCUGCCAGUACUGCCGCUUUCAGAAGUGUCUCAGCGUCGGCAUGGUGAAGGAAGUGGUACGUACUGAUAGCUUGAAGGGGCGCCGAGGCCGUCUGCCCUCCAAACCAAAGAGCCCCCUGCAGACAGAAGCGUCCCCUCCCUCUCCACCCCUCAGCCUGCUCUCCGCUCUGCUCAGGGCUUAUUCCCACUGCACACCCCGCGACCUCGACUACAGCCAGUUCACUGCAGCAGACCCUCCCACCUCCUCCUCGGACGCGCAACACAUCCAGCUUUUCUACAGGCUGCUCACCAUCUCAAUGGAGACCACGCGGUGCUGGGCUGACCGGCUCCCAGGAUUCUCUGAGCUUCAGCAUGACGACCAGAACCUGCUCAUAGACUCCGCCUUCCUGGAGCUGUUCGUCUUGCGAUUGGCUCACAGGUCCAUGCUGUCAGAGGAUAAGCUGGUGUUCUGUAAUGGCUUGGUGCUGCACAGGUUCCAGUGCCUUCGUGGGUUUGGGGAGUGGCUGGACUCCAUCCGGGACUUCUCCACCCACCUCCAGAGUCUAAACCUGGACGCCUCUGCCUUCGCCUGCCUGGCCGCCCUGGUGCUGCUCACAGAGGAAGUCCCAGGGCUGAAGGACUCAAAGCGGGUGGAGGAGCUGCAGAAUAAAGUGGUUUGUUGUCUUAGAGACCACCUGGGUUUUGGCCCCUCUUCCUCCUCGUCCAAGGCUGCACCCCCUCUGAGUCGUGUGCUGGGCAUCAGGGCGGAGCUGCGUUCCCAGCGGACCCAGGGUCUUCAGCGAAUCUUCUACCUGAAGUUGGAGGACCUGGUACCACCCCCGCCGUUGAUUGACCGGUUUCUGGACACUCUGCCCUACUGACAGCGUGGGCGGACUCCACCGACAAACACACGUGUUAUGUCCUGUUU